AGCAGGGGGAGGGGAAUACAGUAGUUGUGUUUCUGGAGAAAUGAAACUUAACGUGGCCUAUAUAAAGCUGAGUCGCUCAUGAAGCUUCUCACUUCAAAUAAAUCCUCUGAGAAAGCAGCUGGACCCUUUCGGACGUUUGAAAAAUAACCAUGGCUCUCACACUUGUGGCGGCUGCAGCAGGAGCAGCAUCAUUAUUCGUUGCAGCCCCCGUUGUCCUGGCAGGAGCUGGUUUCACCUCAGCUGGAAUAGCAGCUGGCUCCUACGCUGCAGGCAUGAUGUCCAGCGCAGCCGUCGCUAACGGAGGAGCGGUGGCAGCUGGAAGUCUGGUGGCUGUUCUACAGUCAGCAGGUGCAGCUGGUUUGUCUGGAGCAGCUGGAGCUGCUGUGGCUGGAGUUGGAGCAGUGGCAGGAUGGGUGGCGAGCGCCAUGGUCUGAAACAUCAGGAAAUCCUGUUUCUAUCUGUUAAAUCUGCAGGUGUGUGUGUUUUCUCAUCUAGAUGUGUGUGAGUGGGGUUCUGGAUUUUCACUACAUGUUACAGAAAUAAUAAUCUGUUAAGAUCAUUGUUCCUUUCUAACAAGUUUCAGGGCUGCUAUUUUAGUUUUAAAAAGGUGUGUUUCUGAAUGCAGCACCAUUGUUUUUAUUGGGUUUGUUUCACAAAUAAAACUUACUGUAUCCAGCUGGGCAGAAAUAUUAUAUUUCAGCAGAACUUUUGUUGAUUUCUUGUGUUGUAUUUAAAUAAAAAGGCUGACAACA